UUUGUUUGUUUAUUUGUUUUGAUAAGAAAAAAAAUUAAUAAUUUACCGAAUACCAAAUUUAGUGAUAACAUUCUAUUAAACAUUGGAUUUAGUGGUUAAACAAAAAAUAGGUAGCAAGGUAUCAGCUUAGCCAAAAAUUUAAGAUUAGUGGAUCAAAUCAAAUUAUCUUAAUUUAAGCAAAUAAAUUAUCCAAAAAAGAUGGAGAAUAGCAUUAGAAUUUAAACUGAUGUUGAUUUUCAUGUAGUUCAAUCCACUAAAAGCAAUUAAUCUACAUAAAAUAAAAACAUGCUCACCACAUAAUUUAGAAGAUUUAUGGCAGCCCCAAAUAAUAAUGGAAAUUAAACACCUUUAGGUAGAAAUAUUUCUCCCAACGAAACACUGAAAUAAGUUAUUGCAAAAUCUACUUAGCAAGAUUUCACUUAAAUAUUUAGUGUUUAUACGCCAUCAACAGCUACAUCAAAAAAAAGAAAAAAGAUAAACAUAAACUAACCUAUUUCACGUCCACAGCGAAUCAAUACAGAUAUUUAUGAAGAUUUUGCAAACCACUAAAUUUUACCAACAGAAAUUAAUCUAAAUGACUCUACAAGAGUAGGAUCAUCAUGUGGGCGAUUUUUGAUGCCACAGUCAGCAACCAAUCAAAUCAGAAAUAAAUCAGUAGGAAAAGAUAGUGUAAGAUCAAGAGUUAAAAAUAUUGUAACAAAGAUAUAUUGUGGAAAUACCAAUUAGCUGAACUAAAUGAGUCAUUACUAUGACAGCAAUUUAACAAAUAUGAUAAAACCUAAAAGAAAUAAAUCUUCGUAAGGUCACAAUCCAGCUUAAAGAGGUGAAUCAAGUGCAUCGAAGAUAUAGAAUGAUAAAUAUAGGAACGAAUUUACACCAAGCACCUCACCUUAAAAUCGCCCAAUUAGCGUCUUUCAAGGAAGACAAAGUAAACUGAAUUAAAUUAAUGAUAGUGCAAAAAGAAGAAGUGUAAUGUCUAUAGAUCACGAAAACAGCUUAUUCUAAGUAAGUAAAAACUCUGAUCUCAAUUCAAGCAACAAUUAGUUUUUCCAAAGUACUAAGAAUGGAUAAAAUAACAAUUUUGCUAUCCAAUUUAGAAACCGAUAAUAAACAGCUCUUUAAAGUCAGAGUUAAUGCACUACUACUACUGAAGAAGAUUAAAAAUAGAAUUAAAAUGCAUAAUUUUAAAAGUAGAAUGGAAUAAUAAACAGAUCCUAAGGAGGAAAGACUCCAAUAACUUCUAAUAUUUAAACUAAAUAAUACAUAGAUAUUCUUAUAGCUUAGUAAAAUCAGGGAAAAAGAAGAUCUCAAACCUAAGAAUCAGAGCAUAAUAAAUAAAUAACUUAUAAUUUUUUAGAAUACACUAAAAAAAAUGAAUAAAACAAAGAAAAUAAUUAUGUAAGUGCUUCCAUAAACUAAAGUAAAGCCUAAAGCAGAAUUGAUAAGUACAGAGAUUUAAAUAAAAAUUAAUAGCCUAGUGUUCUUUAUUAACGUAAGAGAAUAUUCACAGAAUUUGCAGAUGACUUUGAACCUUAGAAAGAGUGGGUACCUUAGAUGUAAUCUGAUAUUAGAAAUAAAAAUCAAGUAUAGAUUAAUUUUAAUCAGCAGGAUACUUCCACUACAACUUCAGCUAAUAAAAGUUAUAACUAAUCUCAUAAUUAAAGUACAAACAUAUCAAACCAACAUAUAUAGCAUACUGAUUAAUAGUAAUCAGAAAAGAAUUAACAAUAAUAAUAAUAAUAAAUUUAAAGUUAAUACUAACAGAGGAUAGCAUAAAUUGUCUCUUAGCAAUAACUCUAAGAAAAACAACAAGCAAAAUAAGUUGUUCACCCAAAAGUACUUUAUGACAUGACAGAUGAUGAAUGGAAUACUUUUGGAGACCGUUUUCCUUCUAAUUUUACCAAAAUUAGAUUAUUAGGAAGAGGAGGUUUUGCAUUAGUUUGGCUUGGAGAAAAUAAUAACACAAAAGAGCAAUAUGCAAUUAAAUAGGUGUCCACAAAGAAUGUUCAUCAAACUCAUAUUAAAGAAAUAUGGUUUGGGAGUUAAUUUUUUGAGAAUGGCUAACCAAAAUCAUAAUAUAAAGGGUGCAGAGGUAUAAAUAACAUGAUAAAAUUAGCUGGAUAUGAUUUGAAACCUGUGGAUACCUGGCUAUUUUAUGAGUUAAGCGGUGAUUCAUUAGGUACAAAUUUGUAUGAUUUAAAAGGAGAAGGAAAAACCCCAGAAGGAGAGAGAAUAUAUAAAAUUAUUUAUAAAGAAAUGUACAUUUAAAUGAGGAGCAAUUUAAAUAUUCUAAAACACUUAAUAUUUGAACUCUCUCAUGCGUUGUUAGUGAUUUCUGAUUAAAAAAUAGUUCACUCAGACCUCAAAACUGAGAACAUUUUAAUAAAAACUAAACCAGAUGCUAAAAAUAAAAAAUUAUUAAAAUUGGAUUAAGUAAAGCUUAUUGAUUAUGGCUCAGCCUUCACAUUUGGAAAUUUAAAAAAUUUCUCUAUGGCCACUCCUGAAUAUAUGGCACCAGAGAUAUUAAAUUACAUACUUUAUACAAACAAUCUUAACUACAAUAAAUAAUUAGUUGAUUAUCUAAAAGACUAUCACAUCCCACAUGUGAUAGAUAUUUGGAGUUUAGGUUGUGUUGUCUUAGAGCUAAUAAAUGGUAUUCCAUUAUGGAUGUCAUUAAAAACAAAAAUAAACUUUUAAGGAUAAGAAUUAAUAAAAUGCGGAUUGUUCGCAGUGAAAAAUAGAGUUUUUGAAAGUAUAAUUUAAAAAUAAAUAGAAACUAUUAAUAACCUAGAUUUUAUAUUAAAUGAAUAAAACUAUUCUAACAUCGUUGUCGAUGAUCAAUUAAGAAGUUUACUUAAGCGUAUGCUCACUAUUAACCCUUCUUAAAGAAUAUCACCACGUGAGAUUAUUGAAAUUUUGCAACCAUCUUUAAAAGGAACUAUUUGA